CGAUGAUAAUAAAAUAAUGCAUUGACGGAAAGUGCUUUUUCACUCUUUCUCUUUUCGUUUGCUGUCUGAGUUUUUUUUUUUGAGUAGUGCAAUUGAGUGAACAAUGGCAUCGACGUCUGCUGCAACCAGCAGUGCAAGUGACGCUACUGCACCAUCGCAUAGCAGCAGCAACAGCAGCAGCAGCAGCAACAGCAGCAGCAACGCAGCAGGAGGCCGUCGUCUGCGCCUUGGAGUGCUCGGCGCGUCGUGGAUUGCGCCAAUGGCCGUCAUCAACCCUGCCAAGACCGAGGUACCGACGGUCGAGGUGACGGCGAUUGCUGCGCGCGAUGUCGCUCGUGCACGCUCGUUCGCAAAGAAGCACGGCAUUCCGCGCGUGUUUGACACAUACGACCAGCUCAUUCAUGAUGCGGACAUUGAUGCAAUCUACAUUGGCUUGCCAAAUAGCCACCACUGCGAAUGGACGAUCAAGGCGCUUCAGGCUGGAAAGCACGUCCUGUGCGAAAAGCCAAUCUCCAACAAUGCCCAGGAAGCAGAAACCAUGGCCGUCGCUGCAGAGAAAUCCGGCAAGGUCCUGAUGGAGGCGUUCCACUACCGCUACCACCCGCUCAUUCAACGCGUGCGCGAGCUCAUCCUGACAAACGCGAUGGAGUCUCCGCUGCGUCACGUGCACGUCAAGUUUGCCUUUGCUGUCUUUUCCUCCAACGACAUUCGCUGGCAGUACGACCUCGGCGGAGGCUCAAUGAUGGACACGGGCUGCUACACGGCCAACUGCGUCCGCUACCUCAUCGGAGAAGAGCUCGAUAUUGUGUCCGCCACGGCCACCCCUUUGCGCAAAGACGGGCGUGUCGACCAGUCCAUGCGCGCCGAGCUGCAAACAACCAGCGGAAGCUCCGUCACGGCCUUGAUCGAGACAUCGAUGUGGUCGCUCAUCCCUCGCAUCUCGAUUGACAUUCGUGGCGCGAACGGGCAAGCGCAAAUCACGGCGACCAACUGGCUCGCCCCGCACGUGGUGUACAACAAUGUCACCCUCAAGACGGCCAGCGGCAAGAAGACCAGCGAGAGCUUUACCAAGGCACGAUCGACCUACGGUCUGAUGCUCGAGGCGUUUGCGGACGCCACCCUGAACAACAACCGCGCGGCCAUCCUCACCGAUGCACACGAUGCGGUGCUGAAUAUGCGGUUGAUUGACAGCAUCUACACUUCUGCAGGCAUGUCCAUCCGCGAGUCUCGUGCCGAAAAGUAGUUUGUGUGUGAACUUUGUGUCUCAUUUUGUUGUACUGAGCCAAGGGAUUGUCAAUACAAAUAUGUUCAAUAGACAGUACUAUCGAUGGC